AUGGAGUUGCUUAUGUUGAGAGCUAAUGUAUCUGAGGACAGUGAAGCUACUAUGGCACGGUUUCUUGGUGUACUUAACCGUGAGAUACAAGAUAGAGUGGAGAUGCAACAUUACUUGGAGAUAGAGGAGAUGUUACACAAAGCUAUCUUGGUGGAGCAACAAGUUAAAAGAAGAAGUCAUGUGCGUAGCAGUUAUGGUUCUAGUAGGUAUCAGACUUCUAAAGAAGAUAAACCAAGCUAUCAGAAGGAGAGCAAGCCACAGCCAAAGGAAGAGCCUAAGACUAAUAGCAUCUACAGCAAAGAUAAGGAUAAAGUGGAGACUACAAGCUCGCGUGAAAGAGAUGUUAAGUGUUUUAAGUGUCAAGGGCGUGGGCACUAUGCUAAUGAGUGUACCAACAAGAGAGUUAUGAUUAUUUUGGAGAAUGGAGAGUUUGAAUCUGAAGAUGAGAAACCAGAGACUGAUCAAGAACUAUCAGAGGCAGAGUGUGAGGAAGAACCCGUUCGUGGUAUACUUUUGGUUGCGAGAAGGACUCUCAACUUGCAAAACAAAACCGAGGAGUAA